GUUUUCACACAGUCCCCUCCCUAUCGCUAUCAAAUGUGAGUUACAAGACACAAAAACAUGGUUACCUUACAAGGUGUGAAAAUGUUGUGAUAUUUAAUAGUACUGUCAGAGUGCCAAAUAGGGACAACCGAUAUUCUAAAUUGAAAUAUUAAAGAUGGAACUUUAUAGCAGUCGUGGAACUUAUUGUGCCUUUAAAUUUACGAUGUACGAUUAAUUCAGACGAAAUAUCUCAUUCAAGCACUAAUUAAAAAUAUACGUAAUUAAUUUCUAUAACUCAGCUAAAAAAUUAAAGUUAAGUGUAAGAAAAAAACAUGAGCCAGCUUAGUGCGAAGGCACGCGCAUUUUCCGUUGACGAGCUUUUAGGGAAGAAAGAGAAGGAGACGACAUCUAAAGCUGCAAAAUACAACAGCAAACUUAGUCCAGAUGGGGAGGAAAUAUGCCCAUUCAUGGGAGAUGACCCGAAUUGCCGCCAUAAAAGCUCAGUGGAAUUUUUGGAGAAACAAGGAGAUGUUUUGAAGAUAGAACUUUGUCAGUCGGAAUUAUGGCAUGCUUUCCAUACUCUGGGAACUGAGAUGAUUAUAACAAAAACUGGACGGCGAAUGUUUCCGGCAGUUAGAAUACGAAUAUCAGGUCUAAAAAAGACCGCUAGAUACAAAGUUUCCAUGGACUUUAUACCUGUGGAUAAAAACAAAUACAGAUACGUUUAUCACAGUUCUCGAUGGAUGGUGUCUGGUGUUGGGGAUUCUAUAAAGCAGAAUCAAACUUACGAACAUCCGGAGUCUCCAAUGACUGGAGAAUAUAUGACGUCACAAGUUAUUUCAUUUGAAAAAAUCAAACUUACCAAUCACGAGAAACCGAGCACAGGACAGAUAUCACUAUUAUCAAUGCAGAAGUUCCAGCCACGAAUAAUGAUUCAAGAGAAAGGAAGUUCAUGUACAUCUGAUUCUCAAAUUACAGUUACGUUCCCGCAAACCUCUUUUAUAGCAGUUACUGCAUAUCAAAACCAAGAGAUUACAAGAUUGAAAAUUGCAAGGAACCCAUUUGCCAAAGGGUUUAGGGAAGCUGGAAAAUGCAGAAGUUCUCUAGAAGCAAUGAUGGCGUCAUUUGGAGUUGUAAUUGAUGCAAACCAAGGUCAUUGUUCACCUCAAGGAAAACGACGGUUUGAAGAACCUCACGAACUAGACUCGGCUGAACUAUCACCACCAAAGCAAGCAAUGUGGCACUCUCCAAUGUUUGUUGACCACAGACUUUCUAAUCACAUGCUAAUGUAUCCACCAAUGUUGUUUCAUCCGAACCAGUUUUUGGCAGCUCAACAUACUGUUUCACAAAAUAUUUGCAAAAUCAACGAUGAUGUUAACAAAGAGACUGACAAAGUUGAGGGCGUGAAAACAAAAUCUAGCUCAAGUACAAGUGACAUAAGUAUCAGCUCAUCUUCAUCGUUUUCGCCGUCGUCGUCGGUAUCAUAUCUAUCGUCAAUGUCACCAGUUUCACCCCCACCAGUGUAUCACCAUAACCCAGAAAUCCAUCCUGCUUUCCCAUAUACAAGUGGCAUUCAGUCGCCGUCCAUCGAUUCUCAAGCACUGGCAGUGUACUAUAAAGGACUUUUACAGAAUCCGUCAUACCAGAACGUUAUGUUUCUUCCGUCCACAAUGUUUUCCUCCUCGUCGGGUCCGACGUAUGAUCAUCAUAACUCUUCUUCAAGAAAACUGAAUACAGUUGAAGACAACAAUAACACAGCGAAGCUGAAUACAUCAUAGUAUUUCUGUUUCAAAUUUGUGUAUAAUUAUAUAUUAUUGAAAAUAAAGAUGAUUGUUUUCCUUUCA